AUGACACUAGCAGGACUUCCGGCGUCCCUCUCAACAGAUACCAGGUUCCCGGCCCGCUGCUCUGUCUACGCAGAUGACGUGGCACUCUGGGUCCGGGGACCAAGGCGUUCCAUCCCAGCCAUCAGGAGAUCACUGCAGGCGGUCCUCGAUGCAGUGAUAACCUACCUCGGAGGCAUCGGGCUUAAGGUCUCUGCCACCAAGACCGAGGCCCUGCUGAUUCACCCGCUGGCGGCAGCUCGCACCCACGUGAGACGGCUGAGGAUUGGCAAUCGCAGCCUGCCUUGGAGGUUGGUGGUUAAGUACCUGGGGCUCACCAUCGACCACCGACUCACCUGGAUCCCGGCUGCCAAGGCUGCUGCCACCAAGGUGCGGCGCGUCCAGGGUGCCAUCAGCAGGCUGCAGCUGCGUGGCCGCGGCUGCUCCAACAAGUGGGCCCUCCGGCUCAACCAGGCUGCGGCGUCCUCGGUCCUCCUGUACGCCUUCCCACUGGUGAACCUGACACCGGCAAGGAGAGGCCUGCUGGAGGGACUCCACAGGGGUGCACUGAGGGCCAUCCUGGGGCUCCCCAAAAGCUCGCCGGUGGCAGCGACUCUCGCGGAGGCAGGAGGGUGGCCGCUGACGUUACGUAUGCUCCAAUGUGCGCUGGGCCACAUUGACCGCCUUCACCGCGCCACCGACGGCAGGGCCCUCCUGGAGCGUCUCCGCAGUCAGCCAGGAUCACGGAUGGGAGGCCUCUGCCUGCUGUACCACCAGAUGGUUCCAGACCCGCCAGUCCCGGUUGCCUCUCCACCGCCUCACCACCAGCCACCAGAGGUCCACCUCUGCUUGGAAGGGGCAACCAAGCGACGGACGCCUGCGGCCGCACUGCAACAGGCGGCCUCCUGCAAGCUCCAGGAACAACUGGAGGAACGGCUGCAGGUGUUCACGGACGGAUCUGUGAUGCCAGAUGGGACCGCAGCGGCUGCAUGCGUAAUCCCGUCCAGAGCCAACAGCAGGCAGUGCAGGCUACCCUUCGCGGCGAGCUCCACGGCUGCGGAACUGGCUGGACUGCAUCUCGCGGUAGACCUGUUGGCUGAGGAUAUCCCCCUUGAGCCGGCCGCGGUCCUGUGUGACAGCAAGGCGGCCCUGCAGACCCUGGCCAACUCCCGCCCUGCCGGACUGACGGCCUGCCUCCUGGCAGCCAAGGUUCGGGCCAUCACCGACGCCGGGGUGUCCGUCUCCUUCCACUGGCUGCCCUCCCACGUGGGCAUCGCCGGCAACGAGGACUAUUCACAGGCCCGCCUCAAGAGGCUCCUCGUCACAGUCCACCCAGACCCGAGGGUGGCCAGCGAGCGAGGACCAAAGCCUCUCCCAGAGACGGGCCUCACCAGGAGAGAACGGACCUCCCUGUUACGACUGCGGACUGGCUGCGUGUGGACGGCGGCCCGCCGCCACGCCAAGGGCCUCUGUCCCUCCCCGGCCUGCAGCCAUUGUGGAGACCCAGAGACCCUCAAACACCUCCUCUGUGCCUGCCCUGGCUUAGCACAGGAACACUUGAGGGCCUACAGGAGACAGGGUCUGCCCUUCUCCACCCUGGAAGACCUGCUGGUCCCGUCUCGUCCACAUCCAGCAGCACUCCGCAGCCUGGCGGAGUUCGUGGAGGAGUCAGGAAUUGCUGCCUACUGCUGA